GCCCGGGCUUCUGUGAAAUAUGGCGGCCGUCUGGGACCGUAACACAAGGAAAGGACAUUUUGAUGCAAAUAAGAAAGAAAUAAUCUCAGGAUAGAAGACGGAGUUUUAAAUUGCAUGACUAUAUGAAGAAAGAGGAAGGUUUUCCUGAAGAUGAGGCGACUGAAUCGGAAGAAAACCUUAAAUUUGGUGAAAGAAUUGGAUGCAUUUCCUAAGGUUCCUCAGAGCUAUGUGGAGACUUCAGCCAGUGGGGGCACAGUUUCUCUAAUAGCAUUUACCACUAUGGCUUUAUUAACAAUAAUGGAAUUCUCAGUGUAUCAAGACACAUGGAUGAAGUAUGAAUAUGAAGUAGACAAGGAUUUUUCUAGUAAAUUGAGAAUCAACAUAGAUAUCACCGUUGCCAUGAAGUGUCAGUAUGUUGGAGCAGAUGUAUUGGAUUUGGCAGAAACAAUGGUUGCAUCUGCAGAUGGUCUAGUUUAUGAGCCAGCAAUAUUUGAUCUUUCACCACAGCAAAAAGAGUGGCAGAGGAUGUUGCAGCUUAUUCAGAGCAGGCUACAAGAAGAGCAUUCUCUUCAAGACGUGAUAUUUAAAAGUGCUUUUAAAAGUGCAUCGACAGCACUUCCACCAAGAGAAGAUGAUUCAUCACAGUCUCCAGAUGCCUGCAGAAUUCGUGGUCACCUUUAUGUCAAUAAAGUAGCCGGAAAUUUUCACAUAACUGUGGGCAAGGCAAUUCCACAUCCUCGUGGUCACGCACACUUGGCAGCACUUGUCAACCAUGACUCUUACAACUUUUCUCACAGGAUAGAUCAUUUGUCUUUUGGAGAACUUGUUCCAGGAAUUAUUAAUCCUUUAGAUGGAACUGAAAAAAUUGCUGUAGAUCACAACCAGAUGUUCCAAUAUUUUAUUACAGUUGUGCCAACAAAACUACAUACAUAUAAAAUUUCAGCAGACACACAUCAGUUUUCUGUGACAGAA